AUGAACCAGAUCUACGAGCUGCUCGACCGCGGCUAUGUGCCCGACGUGGUUCUGCGUCGCGCCAUCCGAAUGCUCAACGCACAGCGCAUCCGCAGUCUCGCCAAACCCGAAGACGACUUUGGCAAGCACAUUGGCAUGAAAAAGGACUACAUCCGCUCGCUCAAGACGCGCGAGAUUGCGAUCCAGCAGCACAAAGCCAACCAGCAGCACUACGAGGUCGACACGAGCUUCAUGCUCAGCUGCCUCGGCAAGCGUGCAAAGUACUCUUGCUGUCUCUACGAAACAGGCAACGAGACGCUCGAUCAGGCCGAGGAAGCCAUGCUGAAUACGUACUGCGAAAGGGCGCGUCUCAAGGAUGGUCAGCACGUCUUGGAUCUCGGUUGUGGUUGGGGCUCCUUGUCGCUCUACUUGGCCGAAAGGUAUCCCAACUCGCGUAUCUAUGCGCUCUCCAAUUCGCGCACUCAAAAGAUCUAUAUCGACUCGAUCGCUGCGGAACGCGGCUUCAACAACCUAGAGGUUCACACGGGUGAUGUCAAGACGUACACGUUUGCCGAAAACUCGUUUGACCGCAUUCUCAGCAUCGAAAUGUUUGAACAUAUGAAAAACUAUGCUCUUCUCUUCCAAAAGGUCGCUUCGUGGCUCAAGGACGGUCCGGAAUCGCGUCUGUUUAUCCACAUAUUUUGCCACCGCACCACGCCGUACCAUUUCGAGGAGGACGACGGCUGGAUGGCGCAGAACUUCUUCAGUGGUGGAACAAUGCCCAGCUUUGACCUCUUCCAGCACUUCCAACAGCACGUCACCCUGCAAGACAGUUGGUGGAUCAACGGCAAUCACUAUGCAAAGACGUGCGAGCACUGGCUCAAAACGCAGGAUGCCAAUCAAAGCAAGCAUGACCAGAUCAAGAUGCUCAGAAAAGACGCCGUCAGCAAGGGCAGCAGCGAGAUCGAGGGCGAAAAGACGUUCUACAGGUUCCGCAUCUUCUACUUGGCCUGUGCCGAGUUCUUUGCCACUAAUGGCGGCAAUGAGUGGGGCGUCGGCCACUAUCUCUUCUCGAAAAAGUAG